GUUCCCCCUCCAGCUCCUACGUGGAGGCGUGGCCAGGUGGCUCUGCGCGCUGCCCUGUCCUCAGGCGCCACCCCCACAGCUUCCAUUGUCCAUGAUUCCCGGCCAAUGGGAUCAGCGGAGCUUGGGCGUGGGUAGCGUGUGGUGCCCUUUGGCUGCCUCUACGCUUUGGAGUUGGAGGGGGCACAUGUUGCUGCUUAUGGGAACCAUGGCAGGCAGGGAGCCUACCUGAGCCCCACUGCACCGCCGACCAGACUUUUAACGGCCUGGUCAGCAGUGCUGACCGGAGCCACCAGGGUCCCUUUUCGACCAGGCAUUCUGGUUGAAAACCAGACACCUGGCAACCCUGUUUUUACACCAGUCUCUCAAUGUUAUAGGUGACAAUUUCCUCAGUCAAAAAGUGUUGUUGUACAUGAUGCAAGAGAAUACAUUAGACCUCGUCAUGCCAGUACCGGGUUUACAAUGGUUCCGGUGGCACCAGGUCCACACUUGGAAGGGGCCCACAAAGUGUUAAUCCAGCCUGGGUCACAGCCCAGCAAUGCGAAGAGUCAGCAACUUCCCAGUGCCAGCUGAAACACUCAGCCGCCUGGGGGAGCGCAGUGUGCAGCAUUCUCUGUUUUCAGCAUUUUCUGAGUUUGGGUUGCUGUAUUCAGUUCGAGUUCACAGAAAUGCUGCAGUCGCGGGGCCUGGGUAUUAUGCCCUGGUCAAGUUCUAUUCAGCUAGAGAUGCCAGCAGAGCCCAACGUGCAUGCAACAGGCAAAGAUUAUUUCAGAAAUCUCCCUUAAAGGUUUGCAUUUGCACCAGACAGAAGGCCUUUCAGCAGCAAGUCCUUGCUCUGAGGAGUUACAAGUGUAAGGAAUUAGCCAAUUAUUACCUUGGCUUCAAUGGCUGGUCGAACCGGAUCAUUACGCUGCAGAAUAUUUCUGGUUUUGACUUGGAGAAUGAGGAGCUGGGAGGGUUGCCAGAGAGGCAGUGCCUGAAAUACCUAUGCGUUGUGGAAGUAACACUGCCCCAUCAUGGGAUCUGCACCAGAGGACUUGGCAUUGCUGAGGCAUAUGUAGAAAAUGGCCGAGAUCCCCUUGAGUUUGUCAUGAAAACAGGAAAUGUUCAGAAACUUGCAGUUGAGAAAGCUCUGUCGGGUGCAUUUCAGAAGAUACUUCUCAUAGUUUUAGGCGAGCUCGGCACUCCACUACAAAGGAAGCAGAAUGAGCAACAGAAUAUCGUCGUGCUACCUCGGCCAACAGUAGGAGGGAACGUAGACACCAACUUGCUUGGGCACAUCUCCUGAGACCGGCAUGUGGGAACUGAUUUCCAGUUUUAGUCAUACUCGAAUACAAGCAGCAAUCAUUACAAGUCCCUUUAUCAUGUAUCUAGUAGAUCCUAAAAAUGCAUUUCUUCUUACCAUGUCCUAGAGUAUGGUUGCAAUUAUUCAGUAUACGGAUAUUUUAAAACGUUAUUAUUUUCUUGAUAUCAUUACACAAAAUUAUGUAUUUUUUUAAAUAGCAUAGGAGACACUAGGGAUGCAGUGUAGAGACCAUGCUCUCAGUCACAUUGUAACAGACCCAGAAGUAUAACUCAUGACAAAGCCCAGGCCCCUGCUUCCUGUACUAUUGUGUGGGAGUGACACACUCAUUAAGGUUGAAAAGGCACUUCACUUCCAAAUGAGUCUUUAGAGCAGUUUUAAAAUAAAUUACUCUCCUUUGGGUUGAACUUCAUCUACUUGUUCUGAAGCUGACAGCAAAGAGUUAACAAAGGGAUCUCAGUAAACUGGGUGAAUGGGUGACAACAUGAAAAUGAUUGUUGAUAAGUGCAAAGUGAUGCAGAUUAGAAAAAAUAAUUCUAACUACACAUACA